AUGGCCCCCAAACAGGCCAGACGAGGUGGUAGGACUGCUGCUGCUGCACCUACACCGGCGACUCUUGCAGCAACGGUUCCAGCGAUUCCUCCCAAUCAUCCGAAUUUUCAAAGACGAGUGCUUCGAAGAGCUGCACUGCAGGCAGAUAGGACGAAUUGGACGGCUCCAAAUUUGAGGAACGCAAUAAUAGCGAAUAACGGAAUUCUCGGAGGAGCUACUUUGAAGGCAGAUCUCGUCGCGAUAUUCGAGGGCAUGGAAAGUGGUGGCAUUCAGAUGGAUCCGAAUUACCAAACGAAUCCACCACCACCAGUUGCACAGCCCCUUGCACCAGCAGUUCCACCAGCAGUUGUUGCGCCAGUUGUUGCGCCACCAGGUGCACCACCAGGUGCACCACCAAUUGUUGCACUACCAGUUGCACCGCCCAUCCCACCACCAGUUCCACCACCAGUUCCACCACCAAUUAAUCCAGUAGGUCCGCCGGGAGGUCCAGCAGGAGGUCCAACAGCAGGACAACAUGCUGGAGGCGGGCCGCCGAACAACCCUCAUGAUGGCAAUGUACUAGUACGCUGGUGGCGUAAUAUCAGGCGUUUCAUCAAGCCUACCUGGCGGCGAUUUGCCCUCUUCGUCAUUAUCUCCAUUCUCCUCUUCAGCCUAUCCUCAAUGUAUCAUCUCCUCCACGCCUACUUCUGGCUCAUGCUGCCCGAGCCUCCAGGGCAAGUCACAUUUUGGAAAUUCGACACCACCUACCCGUACCACGUGACGAACGACCGUACAUUCCUGCACAUGUACGAGCCAGGCAAUCUCAAACUCCCUCGGACAGCUCCUAAAGGCUGGCCUGAAGAGGAUCUCUGGAAUAAACGCUGCGAAGGCAAAGGUGUGCUGCGUCUCGGCCACCCCGACCAAAACCCCAAUGAAGCCGUUCCAAGAGGCAUGGUGAGGCAUGAGGACGCGAUUGAGAUCGAGGAUGUUUUUUACUGCCGCAACCACCAUCCAGGCGAGGUUCGCGGCACGCUCAGCGUCGCGGUGCUGGAGAAACAGGAAUUCCAGAUGAAUUGGAAUAGAGCCACUCGUGACAUGGAUAUGGCCGAAGGCGGCAUGUUCAUCGAAGUUGGAACGGAUCAUGAUCAGAUCAGAGCAACCUAUGAUAUCGACAAUGUCUACCAGUUGAUUGCGUGGGGGUAUAGGUCGUCAACGGCGCAUUGGAGGGAUCGAAUCCUCUUUCCUUUUAGGAGCUUGCUGGGGUAUGAGAAGGGUGGGUGGAGGAGGACGAUGCAUUUUGAAAAACGGAAGAGGAAAGUUUGGGACUAUGAUGAUCCGCGGGCUGUGUGGGGGGCGACUUAUGGUGCCUAUGGUAAGCCGCUUGUGCAACAGGAUGUUAGCCCUCCUGAGGAUCUCCCGACCAAAGUCCUCAAUCAGCAGGACGUUAGCCCUCCUGAGGAUCUCCCGACUGAAGUCUUCGAUCAGCAAGAUGUUACCCCUCCUGAGCAUUUCUCGGCCGAAGACUUCGAUCGGGAGGACAAUGAUCAGUGGGUUGAAGAUUGA